CGGCAUGAGCGGUGGCCCUAGAUAUCGCAUUUCAGGCGCUGGGCGAGGCGGCGGGUUCAGAGGAGCGCUGCCGCCAUCGAAAGCCAUCCCGAGAGAGACUCUGAGAGGACGAAGCCCAAAAGGUGACUAAGGCGGCCACGUGGAGUGGACACACGCACAACGCAGACAGCUGACUGCGGGACGGAUCCAUCCAUCUGCUGCGUGUGUUUCUGUCUGUUUGUCUGUCUGUCUGUCUGUCUGAUCCCAAAAUGAAUGCAUUGCAUGCCAUUCAUUGUGUUGAUGGCGCCAUCCAUGAUCAUGCAGGCGAUGGGUCUGGGAGUGCUGGCGAUGAGGAUUCGUCUUACGUGUGCAAGCUGGAGCAGCAGCUGUACUUCAUGGGCCUGGAGAACGACUACCUCAAGGAGCGGGCCAGCGCGCCGCUCGUCAAGCAUGACGUCAAGCAGCACCUAAUGGAGAAGUCCCUCACCGCGGCCGAGGCACAGAUCGAGCUCCUCUCAAAGGAGCUCCAGAACACGCGAAGCGAACUCAACGGCUCAGUGGUGAGAAGCCAGCCAUCAUGGUACCAAAAUGCCGGGCAGGCUGGACAUAGAGAGGUCUUUUCCUUUGUGGUGUGCCUAUCUCGCGCAGGCGUCGCUCCAGGAGCAGCUACAGGUCGGCAACAGCACAAGGCGCCGCUUAUCUGUUUGUCGGUCUAUCGUGGAUGGAUGUAUCGGCCGGCCCGGCCUCUGCGAAUGUACGUUACGUGUGUCUGCGUGUGUCAGGGAUCUGUCCACGAUGUGACGGUGCUGAGGGAGGAGAAGGCCAGGCUGGAGCAGGCCAUCAUCACGCAGAAGGGACAGCUAGAGGUAGAUAGACAGACAGACAGACAGGCACACACACACACAGGGGGCUGAAGGCAGGCAGAAAGCCCUCCCUGUCCCAUCUUCCGCUCUUCUCGGUCAGGCCGCCGAGCGCGUUGUCCACAAGCUGAAGGAGGACGACACAGCCCGCCAGCUGAGAUUCGACGAUAACUCACAACGUAGACAGGCAGGCAGGCAGGCAGGCACGUGACACAAUGAAUGCCCGCGGCCACACAAACCCACGCCACGUGUGUGCGUGUGGUGAUGGUGUCAUACAUGUAUGUGAGAUCAGGGCGUGUGGCGGUGGAGCGCCGGUUGGCUGAGGCCGAGUGCCGCGUGAAGGCCUGGCAGGAGGAGUACGAGAAGCUCUCAGAGCAGCUCAGCAGAGACAGGCACGCUCACGAGAGGGAGAAGGUCCGUCGGCCCGUCACACAGUCAGGAUGAUCAUGUCUGCACCCCUUAAUGUCUGUUGUGUGUUGUGUUGUGCUGUGUUGUGCUGUCUUGUGCCAGCUCCGUAUGGUCGAGGACGCCUCGGUGUGCACGCAGCAGCUGGAGCAGCUCAAGGCGCUGAUCAAGGACAAGGAGACCAACCUCCAGACACACGAAACACUCUACCAGGUAGGUAUCAAACACACAACACAACACACGGCCGCGGGCUUAUACGGAUGGGAAACACCUCACUCACCUGCCCACACCUCUCUCUCUCUUAUGGUUUGGUUAUCUGGAUCCCAUGCAGGCGGCGAUAGUCCGUUUGCGCGACAACGAGUACGAGCGUCAGUUGCUGGAGCUGCAGAACAAGUACCAAGGCAAGGCUGUCGACCUCCAGCGAGUGAGUAACUCACGGACACACGCAGGCUGGGAGAGGAAGGGGCACACACACACCCGCAGUCACACGUUCCGCUGCCGUUGGUCGUUCCUCCAGGCUGAGUCGGAUCGUGCGGCGUUGGAGGCAGCGGCCGAGAGGCGAGAGGUGCAGCUGCAGGCUCUCCAGACUGACAACAAGAAGAUGCAGGACGAAAUCAAGGUACCUAGAUUGGGCAGAUACAGCAAGGCCGAGAGGGGGGGGAAAGAUACGCAGCGGAGACCGUGUCGGCAUGGUUGGGUCGAUGUCGUCGUCAGGGUCUGCUUGAGCGGGUCCGGGACACUCAGGAGCUCAGGCGAGAGCUCGACGGCAUACGCAAGGAGAAGACAAACCUAGACAAGAACCGACACACGCUUGCCACACAAAACCAACACGUACGUUAGUGACCCAAUCUCACCAAUUUCAUCCAUCCAUCCAUCCAUCCAUGGGCCAAACCUCACUCUGUCUGUGUGUGUUGUGGUGCGGUGCAGUAUGCCGGUGAGGUGGCUCAGCUGCGGCGUCAGCUGGACGACCUGCAGGCGAAAUUCCACGCCGAGCUGAUCGCCCAGACCACCCGCGAGGCCCUUCAGCACGUCGGUGGCGACCAGCCUGGCCGACUCACGACUCGCGCUCACAUCGACAAGGACAAACAGCCAGAUGACGAGCAGGGCCAGCCUACCGCUGCUGGUGGGGGUGCUGGUGGGGGUGCUGGUGGGGGUGUAGAGCUUUAUGCGAGGCGUCAGGCUUCCGAGGAGGCGGUGACGGCAGAUGUCCUGAGAGCUCAGGUGGGCCAGACAAGCAAGGGCGCUAUCUCCUCUGCUCGUGUGCGUGGAGCGUGUUAUUGUCUGUCUGUCUGGCUCGUGCGUUCAGAUGUCGGAGGCCCAGAUGCAGCUGUACCAGUGCCGAAAAGACAAGGCCGACGUCACGGUGGACAGGGACUCGCUGCAACAGGUGGGUAUCACUGUGGCACAUGUGGCCAUCCAUGUGCGUCUGUCUGUCUGUCUGGUGUGUAUCGUAUCAUCAGGAGGUGGCGCGGCUCACGCGUGAGUGCGGGCGCUAUGAGGAGCGGCUGGAGGAGGCACUCAAAGAGCUGGAAAGGCUUAACCAAGACCUGCACUCCAGGUAGGUGGCCGACGGGCGAUGAAUGAAAACCAAAACCCCAUCCAUCCACGCGAUGCGUGUUGUGUGGCAUGGCUGUCUGUCUGUCUGUCUGUUUGUCUGUCAGGGGCAAGGCUGAGGAGGUCAUUGCCCAGAAUGAGCGCGAGACGCAGCUCCUCAAACAGAGGUACGAGGAGAGGGAGGCGGCGCUGCACGAGGAGCUGGUGGCGGUGAAGCGGGAGCUGAGGGACACACAGGAGCAGCUCAAAUCCCUCAGGGGCAUGCGCACCAGCCUAGAAAAGGUAAACGUACACACACACGUCGAAUCAGUAGCCCCUCCCUCCCUCCCUCCCUCCCUCCGAUGUCUGUGUGUUUGUGUGCAGUGGCAGCACCAGCAGGCCUCUCUGAGCGACGCCAUGUCGUCUCUGAUCGCCUCCCUGACCAACCAGGUGCAGAGCCCCGAAGACCGGUCCAUCGUCCCCAGACUUGACCCGUCCACACAAGACGACCACCCCAGAGCCCAGCCCCAGCCCCAGCCCCAGCCCCACCCUCACCCUCCCCACCUCCCCCACGCCACAACCUUCGAUGUCGUAGCGCAGCGCCUCGCAGCCAUGUCACCCGCAGGCCCAUCGGCAGAACUGGUCGCCGCUGCGAUUGAUUUCACCGACACGCGUGUCAGAGAGGUGAAGGGGCCAGCAGCAGCGGCCACGCCCACGCCGGCCACUUCGACGGCGGCGGCCAUGGACGUCCGCACAUGGACGUCGAGCAGCGCCACGCCCCCCUGCGGCGAUGUGAGGGAGGCCAUGCGGCCGUCGCACGGACAGCAGGCUCAGAUUGACGACCCCGAGUCGGCCAUUGACCAUGGAAGAGAUGACGAGCACACCAAGGACGAGUGAGGACUGAGUGGGUGGGUUGAUGGAGGGAUGAAUGGUGGGGUGGCUGGCUGACCGUAUGGUAGAUUGAGCCGUUGUUGU